UCUCUUUUUCCCUUUCCUCUCUUUAUUUGAGACUUUAUUGGGGAAACAGCAGGGAGCUGUGGGCUAAGGAAUGGGAGACAUCUGUGGUCUGAGACUUGUGGGGAUUUAGGAAUUCGAGGUCCUGCGAACAGCCACGUUGUGAAUAGUUUUAAAGAGGGAUUGGGAGGAGGAGGGGGGGAUGAAGGAGAAAGGAAGGGAGAGACACCAGGAGUAAAGGCUUGCAACAGUGCAACAGCAAAAUAAAGGACACAGAGAGAGAGAGAGAGGGAUAACUUGCUUUAUUUUAAAUGCAAACUCUAUUCUAUUUCCCAAACCAAAGGGAUCCACCUUUUUCUCAAAUAAGAAGAACUAAGAAAAAAACAACAGACUUCCAGUGCAUUGACUCAAGAUUGAUUCUGCAGAACCCACAAGACCCUGCGGACAGACUUGCGUGUGCUUGUGGACACCUGAUGAGGGUUAGGAUUGGGCUGUACUGAGCUGAGUCACGACACACAGUCUGCUGUCACGUUCGAAGUCUCUGACGAUCUCCUUCGCUACCAGCAGCUGUGAAGAUGAGCGUACUUCCUCCGGUCAGAAGAGAUCGAAUCGUCACCGAGUUGCCACCGUGUUUCACAAGAGAAUCUGCUCUGCACACCAAAGACAUAUUCCACCCCAAGGUGAAGAAGGCUUGUCAAGAUGACAGAACGGGAACCGUUGGGUUGAAGAUUUCCAAAAUUAUUGUGGUCGGAGACCUGUCUGUAGGGAAAACAUGUUUAAUUAAUCGGUUCUGUAAGAACACCUUUGACAAGAAUUACAAGGCUACCAUCGGGGUUGACUUCGAGAUGGAACGUUUCGAAGUGUUGGGCGUCCCCUUCAGUCUACAGCUGUGGGACACAGCCGGGCAAGAGAGGUUUAAGUGUAUCGCAUCAACCUACUACAGAGGAGCACAAGCCAUUAUAAUCGUGUUCGAUGUGAACGAUAUCGAGUCUCUUGAUCACGUGAAACAAUGGCUAAAAGAUGCCCUGAAAGAAAAUGACCCAACCUCCGUACUGCUAUUCUUAGUUGGGACAAAGAAAGACAUCAGCUCAGCCAGCCAGUACUCCCUGAUCGAGAAAGACGCCAUCCAGAUCGCGAAGGAGAUGAGAGCUGAGUAUUGGGCGCUGUCUUCUCUGACAGGUGAGAACGUCAAGGAGUUUUUCUUCAGGGUGGCUUCCCUCACCUUCGAAGCCAACGUACUGUCCGAGCUGGAAAAGACCAGCCCCAGGAAGAUCGGCGAUGUGGUCCGCAUCAACAACAACGACAAGAAUCCCUACCAGAGAAGGAAGAAAUCCAGGUCCGACUGUUGUCAAUGAUGAACGAGUGUUUCAGCUGCGUUUUGCACAUGUGUUCAGUUCGGAACCAAAGAAAGAGCUCACGGCAGGAAAAGCAGCAUCUGCUGUGAUUGUGACCAGCUCCACAUGGUACGGGAUAAUAAGCCAGACUACUCAGUCCUCCACACAAGCCUCCAGUGGUGGGUGGGGGGGCUUUCUCCUCUCCCCCU